AUGAGGUGGUAUGAUGUCGUCUCCGCGCUGACAGUGCUACUGUCAACGUCCAGUGCCAUCUUUGCCGACGACGCAUUUCACAUUGACUACCAUCAUGCCCUCCUCGGUGUCCCCCAAUCCCAUGCCACCUUCUUCCAUAAGCCGCAAGUCUCGACAAAUGCGUCGCUCUUAUACUCCAUCUCAGAUAAGGCAGUACUAGGCGCCAUCAAUCCGAAAGAUGGCUCGUUGUUGUGGAGGCAAUCACUCGCCGGAAAACCCCUCGACUACGCGUCAAGUUCUUUUUUAGUUGCUCGAGAAAGAGACGGCCAAGUUAUUAGUGCCCACGGAAGGGUUGUUUCAAGCUGGGACGCCCUCAAUGGUAAACUGAUCUGGUCCUACGAUCUUCCCGAGGGGACCGUCGUCCAAGGACUGAAGUCUGUUCCUAGGUUGGGUGCCAAUAGCGCCGCGAUACCAGAUCUGAUCAUACUGGCAACAUCUGGGAUGGCAAAUGCGCACAAUGUAAUAUGCCGUAUCGCCAGCGACGGAAGUGGGCCUAGAUGGGAGCACAUUGAUAUGAGCACAUCUGAUACGCCCUCUGCCUGUCUAGCAACCUCGUCGAAGCAUGCAUACUAUGUCACCAAAUCCCAUGGCCUGUUGGCCGGUGGGAAAGCUAAAGUGGUUGCCAUUGAUAUUGUUACCGGAAAAGAAAUAUCUACAACCCAAAUUGCUGUAGACUCCGAUGCUCUUGGUGAAAAUGGCCAUUAUUGUAUCGGCUCUCAAUCGGGCUUCCCAUUCCUGAUAUCCUCAGAAAAGCCUUACAAAACAAUCAAAGUCAGCGCUUUGAGCACUUCCAAGGUCAACACUCUCAGUUUGGACGAUAAAGACGAGGAGAUUCAGUCAUUGAGCGUUCUGUACCCCAGUGAUCCCGAGGCUGCCCGUCAUUUCCUGCUUCAUAUCAAAGGCAAGACACGACAAUGGGCAGAUGUCUACCAUUUCAACACCAAAUCAGGCGAAAUAGUGAAAGCAUAUUCACUACCCGCGACGGAAGAGCAAAGCAUCUUCUCCGUGAGCAGUAGCGGCCCAACAUUAUAUUUCACUCGAAGCACCGGAUCGGAAUUGAGUCUCUAUUCUUCAGAAUCACAUGGCCAGCUUGGGCGAUGGCAGAGGACCGGAGGCCGAGCUCUUGAGACGGGUGUGCUUGUUCCCCACGCUGCGGCCGAAGUUGUCAGCAAAGCAAAGGAUGGUUUUGCUGUUCGCAUUGCUGAGACUAGCACAAGUGGAGACUGGUCCUUAAUCCGAAAUGGUGAAUUGCUUUGGACGAGACCUGAGCAACUGGCGUAUGCCAACAUUGCUGCAUGGUCCGAUAAUACUGGUACUGAUCCUUUGGCCGAAGAACUUGACGUGGAAGCAUCUGUAAACCCUCUCACAGCUUAUGUGCAUCGUCUGAAACGUCAUCUUGCCGACCUUACUGGUCUUCCAUCUUACAUUGCAAGCCUACCGGAUGCAAUAUUCAAAUCUUCGCCAGAUUCUGCGGCUGAUACGCGACGAGAUCUCGUCGGCACAAAGGUUGUAAUUGUGGGAACAACCCGAAAAGAACUGAUUGCACUUGAUGCUACCAACGCUGGUGCUCUGUUGUGGCAGACAGAUGUGUCUACUUAUGCGGGCGACGGUGUUGAUAUCAAAUCGCUCACUUUAAGCAACGGCCGUGCUACUACGUACCUCUCUGACGGAUCUCUUGUUGUACUGGAUGCUAUUCGAGGCACUGUGAUCGAGCAUCAGCCAGGAACCAUCCCUGUUUCUCAAUUAGUCCAUCUUCCGGGAAAUCUAGCCCCGUCGAUCGUCAAAGUUGGCGCCGACGGGACACCCCAUCUUGCGGAUGAUUUUGCUCCUGCGAAUCCGUUAGAGGGCAGUACCUUGGUCACAAUUAUUGAUGACGGAAAAGCUAUAGGCUGGAGCAUUGGACAGAGUGUAGAGAAGACCUGGACACUCAACCCAAAACCCGGAUUCAGAUUCAUCAAAGCCAUCGCACGACCAGAUCACGACCCCGUCGCAUCGAUCGGAAAGGUACUCGGCGACCGAUCUGUUCUUUACAAAUACAUAUCUCCAAAUAUUGCCCUCCUAAUCGCCACCUCAAGCUCCAGCCUUAUCACCUACCUCGUCGACUCCGUGACAGGUGCAGUACUACACACAUCCACAUGGCACGGCGUCGUACCAGGCACGAACAUUCCGGCACUUGUCUCGGAAAAUUGGUUUGCGUUCUCCUUUACAAGCCAAGAUCCGAUAACGAAAGGAUUAUCUACUCAGCUAAUCAUCUCUGAGCUUUACGAGUCGGAUGUGUCAAAUGAGCGCGGUGCUCUGGGUGCGCGAACCAACUACUCGUCGUUUUCAGCUGAUGCCCUCACCUCUCCACAUGUGAUCUCACAGGCGUACACUGUGGCAGAGCAGAUAUCACAUUUGGCUGUCACCCAGACGGGGCAGGGGAUCACUUCUCGCCAACUCUUGGCCACACUUCCAGAGUUGAAUGCGAUUGUUGGCAUUCCACGAGAAAUCCUGGACGCUAGACGACCUUCUGGUCGAGAUGCAAACGCUACGGAGAAAGAAGAAGGACUGCUCAGGUAUAGUCCAGUACUUGAGUUGGAACCACGGUACUUCUUGACACAUGCUCGAGAAGUAGUCGGCAUCAAGAAGGUGAUUGCAUCGCCAAGUUUGCUGGAGAGCACCAGUGUGGUUUUCGCGUUUGGACAUGAUAUUUUUGGAACUCAAGUCACACCUAGUCUUGCGUUUGAUGUACUUGGAAAGGGAUUUAAUAGAAUCCAACUGACACUCACAGUGGUAGCACUUGGUGCUGGUGUCUAUGUUGUCAGACCAUUUGCCAGAAAGAGAACUGUGGAAGGCAGGUGGAAGAUGUGA